AUCCCGACGUGACGUCUGAGGUAAGCAAGGUUUCUGAUUGGCUGAAGGAGUAGCAGGUGACCGACAUAUUUUUGGGUGAGAAAACAGAAACCUCCGACAACUUUUGGGUUUUUGGGGCACAGCAGAGGCGAGAAAGGUGAUAGAACGGUUAAAAACAAAGGAAUUUGAGAACGAGGCUGUUACAGCCAAAUCAAAACAAGAAGCCUAAACUUGUCAUGUUAAUAUUUCCAUUGUGUAUUGACACAAAUAAAGACAGCAAUGAGGGAAGAAAUAGCUGCCGCCGUAGUUUUCGUAACUCGUCUUAUAAAAUUAAACGAUAGCAUUCCUAAAGAAAAGUUGGAGGAAUUUUCAACAGAACUCUCCUCCACAUUGGUUGAGAAGUUUAAGAAUCACUGGUAUGAUGAGCAACCAAGUAAAGGCCAAGGAUAUAGAUGCAUUCGGAUAAAUCCUUUAGAGCCCACCGAUCCAGCAAUUCUUAAAGCUGCAAGCCAAUGUGGAUUGCAAUACAAUGAUCUCAACCUACCACAAGAACUGAGUCUGACGCUCUGGGUGGACCCCAAAGAAGUUUGCUGCAGGUUUGGGGAAAGUCAUGGCUCAUUUUGCCAGCUUGCUGUUCAGAAGGAGGACGGAAACAUGGAGAAUCAAGCACACACCAUCAACAUCGAAGAUCUGGUCAAGCAACAACAGCAGCGAUUCAACAUGAAUCUAAACAUAACUACCACUCGUACAAGCGCUAAUAAGCUGAAAGCUCUCGCCAUGAAAAAUGCCUUCAACCAGCAAGCUAACGGUUACCACUACUACAGCAAGUACCACCACAAUGCGAUGAAUAACAACCAGCACCAAAAUGGCCAUACUCCUCGACCAUUCCAUAAAACUCACCAUCAUAAUCAUCAAAGUCAUUAUCACAAAAAUGCUCCUCAUCACAGCUCAUCUGUAAAUAGUCAUGAGAGGAAGGGUUCUGGAGAUUUUAAUGGGGUUAGUGGCAAUGUCAAUGGGGCAGCACAGGGUAAGGAUCGCUACCGCUGGGUGCGAAACAGCAAGCCCAUGCCAGCUCAACAGACGGAGAGUAUGAGGCUUAGCCCCAAUUGACCAACUUUUGUAUUAUUUAAUCAAAAGCCAUUGGGUGAUAUUAGGGAUCUUUGUCUAAAUCUGCUAUAAAGUAUGUGCCUUUGUCAGAUUGUGCUAGGUUUUGUAUCUAACAAAGGCACUGAUUGGGAAAGAACUACUUGUAUUACUUUAUAGCAAUUUUGACAUGGAAACCAUUUUUAGUCCGACAAUUGUUAACGACUUCUGCCAUGUAUUUCUGGACUUGAGAUUUUAUUUUUUUUCAUAAUAUCAUAUUAUCUUAAAUAAUGAAAACACAUAGUCAUUUGGAUGGAUUUUACGUGUUGAAAUUGACUUAUUAUGCCAAAUCAUGAUUUGGAAAUCAUAGUCUAUAUUUAUUGUUUAUAUAAACUGAGGCAUUAUGAUUAAUCAUGUUUAAUUAUUUAUUAAAUCAUUGUACCAUCAGUAUGAUACUCUUUACUGAAAUUGAGAGUUUGUAAUCAUUUCUUUGGUUUGAUCUCAGUCAUAAACAGCCAGGCAUAUCAGACUUUAUGAUGUACUACCAUGCAGUCUCGUUUUAGAAUUUUCAAAAUGUGGUUUCAGUGGAUGUUCAUUACAAUAUUUAUACUAAUUUUAUUAUUGUAAAAUAUUAUUAAAUAAUCAUUUACAAGAAAUUUUUAACUCUUGCUUUCUUGAGAAGUUUCUGAACAAGAUUUAUUUCAUCACAGACGUUUAAACAGUAUUAUCGUGUUAUUAAUUGUUGGCUUAUACUAGAAUAUUCUAUAAAAAAGACAAAUGUGUAAGUAGCUUCACAGAAUAAGGGUAAAUGCUUAAUCGAAGACGUUAUUUUUAUAAGGUUUCGAUAUAAAACAACUGACUUACAAUGUGCAAAGUGUAUAUUAUAAUACAUGGAGGUCCUGUGAAAAUUUAUGUGGCUGAUUCAGUGUAGUUACAUCGUUGUUACAAUAAUGAAAUUUCCAUCAGCAAAAUGAUUGUGAUAAAGCAUUUUAUUUGCCUAGUUUUAUACAAAAUUGUACAUAUGUUAUUACAAUAUUCACUCGUAAACAUGUAUAGAUUGUGAACAUGAAUACCAGCAAUGUGUUUUUCAGAGCUCUAGAUAAGGUAGAACGCCAUGGAAUAGCUUAAUCCCACAGUUUUGUUUUUAAAGAGUAAUAGUAUGCCACAACCUGGUAUUUUUGUUUCAAGAGUUUGCAUUGUUUUUGAAAGCCAUUUAUAUUAGGGAUGCAAACGAAUGGCAAAAGUGAUAUUCGAAUAUUCGGUAAUUCUUUCGAUCGAAUAUUCGAAUAUUCGAACACCAAAAUGAACCUUUAAGAAUUGUAGUAAACUAUUAUUAUUCACUAAAGUAAUAGUGGGGACCCUGUUACCCUUCCUGGUCGUAUUCGGUACACGCGGCGAAGUUUGAACAUUUCAAUCAAUAUCUUAAGAUGCUAUCUUUUGGUCCCACAUAUUCAGUACUCUGCAUCUUGUUACUUUCUGUUUCUUGGUGCAUUAAAGCUAAAUUGGGUUUAGGGAUUUGACACCUACGCAAUGAUUUUCCCUGACAAAAGAUUGUUAGAGUUCUUUUAAGGCAAGUUAACACUGCCUUGUAUAUUGCUAUGCUUUACUCCAUCAGUUAUUGCGUCAACAUGCACUAUGGUCUAGUGGAGAUACUAUUAAGUCCAUGCUUUUAAAUACACAAAGGUUUGAAUUUAAUGCGAUGUUUUUUUAGUGUGUUUUUACCAGCUUCCACACUUUAUCUAGAGCUUUGGUUGUAUAAAUGUCCAAAUUGAACAAUGUUGAUAGUUGAUCUCGAAACAUCUUAUGAUAACAUACAUUACCAUUGUUGUCUCCGAGUGGAACGAUAAAUUAUAUUCAGGUGAUAAUUAAUGUGCAAUUUUCAGAACAAUUCAUCACAGAUAACAGCGUUCAGGUAAAAUAUAUGAGUAUGUACCAUACUAAGUACUUGUUUUCCACGGUAUUGGUCUUGUUUUAGGUGUGUACACCUUGGUGUAUAUAUGCUUUCCAACUAACAGUGACUUGUAACAUCAGUAAAAGGACUGUCCUUAUUUGUUUAAGAACUAAAAAGUUGAAAUCUUGAAGACUCAUAAUUAAGUUGGUAAACCUAAAAAAUGUUGGUGCUUUUCCUUUCAUUUUGAUGUUAUGUUAUACUUGAUGAAUUGAGUUUCAAACAAGAAUAAUGUUUAGAGAAUAUUUAUUUCAUAUUGUAAAAUUUGGCUUAUUAUUUCCAAUUAAUUUAUAUUAAAUUAUCGUAGUUAUUACCUAGGACUAUUACAUGUUGUGAUUUUAUAUUUAUUUGAUAUGUUGAACAUCUGGAGAAGUCUUUAUUGCAUGUUAUUACUGUGUGUUUUCAUUGUUAUUCAUUAUCUAUACAUUUGUUCCCUUUUAGCCUUGUCUUGUCAUAGAUAUUAAGUAAAAUUCAUCUUAAGAACAACAUCUUAUAAAAUAGGGCCUAAAAUAUAUCUGAGUUUAGGGCAAUGAUCUUCUGAAUGCUAGUACAGGUAGGGACAGAGUUAUUAAGUCUAGUCAAAACAGCAAAGCAAGGUGUAAAUACUUACCAUGGAAAUCUGGUAUAUUGUGUAUUCAAUAAUUAAUACUUCAUGUUUUUUAAUACGAAACAAAACAAAUGGUCAACAACAGCUGAAAGUCCGAUUAUUUGUUUUAUCUCGAGACGAAAUAAAAAUCUAGGGUUGAAGGGUUUUGCCAGGUCAGGUCCUUAACAUGGGUUGAAGGGUUUUGCCAGGUCAGGUCCUUAACAUGGGUUGAAGGGUUUUGCCAGGUCAGGUCCUUAACAUGGGUUGGAGGUUUUGCCAGGCCCAGUGUUAGUUUUCAUUGUCCUUAAGUACUUGACAAUAUGAAAUUGUAUGCCAUCCUGUUCAAUUGUAUGAAAUUAACAUUUUUUAACAGCAUUUUUUUAAAAAUCUUUUCAACAGAUGAAAUGUUUUCAAAAGUUGUUUCUGCUUCUUACAAGACAGGCUUAGGGAAGUUUUGUCAGAUCUGUGGUGCUGGAAUAAGAAUGGUCAUGUUGUUUUGCUAAUUCAAAAAUAUUGAAAUUUAGAGAAAUCUUUUUCUUAAUUAUUAAAAUUUGUUUUGUUUUUUUAUGAAGUACAAAUUAAGCAACAAGCCAUUAGUCAAGUUUUGAAUCUUAUGGUUGUCUGUGAACACUCUGUGAACUAGCUGGUGUCAGGCAUGGUGAGGAAUAUGUUAACACAUGCUUCAAGAUACACUUUCCACUGAAAUGACCCUAUAGCCAUGACUUUCAGGUAAUCUCAAUAUAUUUAUCGCCAACCAUUAUACAGGUUAAUUUAUGAUAGCAAAUUCAAUGCAGUUGUGCCAAUUUUUAUUUUGGUUUUGUAUGUAAAUCCUGCAGCUAUAUUGUACCAUCGACAGCAAACUUAAGCAUAUAAUUUCAGUUAUAGUAAUAUUUUAUUUUGUUUGAUUUUAAUGACAUCUUUUUAUUGGCAUAUUAUGGUUAUCAUUUUUAAAUCCAAUGUUUUAUUUCAAUAGUUAUAUUUGUUUGCUCGGUAUUAGUGUUUGAGGGUGCAUUUUCAUUUUUACUUUAUUAUGAAAAUUGUAUAACCAUGAUGCACUUGUUUCAACUUACAAACAUUUUGUCAGUGCUAGACCCUCCCACCCCUGAAAGUUGUUCUUGUGAUAUGUAUAGCUUACUGUUGACUUUUAAUUGAUGUGUUCUUUUACAACAACUAUGUCAUGUUCUAUUUAUCAUGUGAAAGGACAUACAAUCUAACAAUGUGUCCAUGUCUGUACUCAGUUUAAAUCACUUCUUAAUUCAACAGCUGUAUAAUGUCGAUCUUUGGAACAAAAAGAUUAUGUUGAACAGGUAACUUAUGUAGGCCAUGAGAUAAAGAAAGAAUGAUUUAGAAAACUCCCGAUUUUGGACAAGUGUGUGAAGUUGUUUGAUGUAUGUGAACAUUUUUCACAUUGUUAUAUUGUAUGUCUGUAUGAUACUCAGCAUUUCAUCAAAGUUGUUAUCAGGGCAAAUGUUUGUGGCUCACACCAACAGAUCUGAACAAAUAAAUAUUUUAUAGCAUA